AUGAAUUAAGAAAAUAAUAGUAACUCUUAUAAAGUUAAAAAGUAAUCCCUAAUUUGGGCAUAAAUCAAUCAGGUAGCGACAUAAUUAUAUUUAUUAGAUAAAAUUACUAAAAAAUAGCUUACCAUCAAUUAAAAAAAAAAAUUUAGGUUAUUUUCCAAAUGAAAUGAUGAUUGAGGAAAAUAAUGAAACUUUUACUUUUAUUUUUCCAGAUAAUGAAGAUUUGAAAUAUUAUAAUAAUUUUUUUGAGCUAUUUGAUUUAAACGAAAAAGGUUUUAAAGCAAUUACCCCUUAUAUAAUUAUUAGAUUAUUAAAAUUGGGAAUAACUCUCAAUAAAUUAGGGUAUGAAAUUAAUUCUAUUAAAGAAUUCAUCUUCCAAUGCUGAGUAGUUCUCAUUUUACUGACACUCCAGAUCUUUCUCAAUAGAUUGUACAAAAUUAGUAAAAUUAAAUGAACAAAUUAUAAACAAAAAAGAUUUACCUUGCUUAAUUUGGAACAGAUGAAUUAGAAAAGAAUAAUCAGAAAUUAAUCAAAAAUAGCAAUAUACCUAAUGAGAUUAUUGAUUAGAUAAUUAAAGGGAAUGUAAAAUAAUUAAAGUUUAAUGAAAAAAUGACAGUUUUUGCCUUAGGUUGUGUUAUAUAUGAAAUACAAACCAAUAAUUCAAUCUUUGAAAUUUAGAAAUAAUAAUAAUUAUAGAAACGAAAUAAUAUAAUCAAUAAUAAGGACCCUAUUGAUAUAGAAAUAUUAUAAUUAGUAGAAAAAUGUACAAUAAAAAAUUCACAUGAAAGACCAACAUUAAUAUAAUUAAGGAUGGAAUACUUUACAUUAUUUUUGAAAGAGAAGAUUUUAGGUUUAGAAGAAUUUUUAAUUUAUAAAAUAGGUAAAUAUUUGAUAGCUCCUAAUGAAUUAAUUACUGGAAGACUUUAUAUAAUGGAAUUCUUUGCAAAAAUAAAGUUUAUUAAAUUGUUUUUUAAAAAGAAUUCAAGUAAAGAUGAUGCAAUUAAAUCAAAUACUAUAAUCUUAUUAUAAAUAUACUAGGAAUUAGAUAAAUUAAAUCUUGAUGUAAAUUAAGAGUUAAUAUUAUGGGAUGAGGAGAAUACAAAAGAUGAAAUAAAUCAAUUUAAGAAGUAUUAUCUAAAGACUUAUUUAUCAAUUUUAGAAAAUUAUAAAGAUAAAAUAAUUGAAUAACAAGAUUAGACAAUUCCUUAAUUACCAAAUAAAAAUUAUGAUGUUUUAUAUAAUAAUAAAAUUAGAGAAAUAUUAGACUAACUUAAAAAAUAGAAUGUCAAAUCUUCUUUACUUAAUUGUUUAUAACAUUUAAAUAAAAUAUUCAAAUUUAGACAUUUAUUAGAAUAUUUCAAGCCAAUUUAAGCGGAAUUAAUAAAAACAAAGCCCUAUCGUAGAUAUGAUAAAAUAUUAGAAAUUCUAUUUAAUGAUGAAAAUGAUCAAAUUUUAGAUUUAGACAGAAUAUCAAAAAUAAAAUAGAAUAUUUGA